AUGUCGCCGCACGCCAGUACAACUUCCACAUUACUGACGAGAAGAGCUUUUUCACCUCGGCAACAUAAUCACAACCUAAUCACAACCUUCGGCAUUGGUGCUUUGAUCGGUAUUCGGCGUGUCAUUGCGGCCGCUGAUUCGAGCCAAGAACCUAUCAUUGGCUACAUGCUCUCGGUCGAAUCCAGUGACGAUGCCUUCUUCCGAAUGACGGUAAACGAGGUUCCGAGGACCACAACCUCCUUUGAAAGAAGGAUCUGCAGCAUUUGGGCCAACAUCUCGGCGUUAGAGUUCAUGAUUGCAGACUCAUGCUCUAAUCUUCCGUCUUCGAUCGCCUCUCUCACAGUCUUCCUGAUCUCAAGGCAGUCGACUAUGGUGCCUCAUCGUUGGCCAUGCCGAAGGCUCCUGAAAAGUUCAUCUUAA